UGGGGUCACUGCGCCCGGGUGGCGUAUGCUGGUGCGACCUUCUUUCUGAGACCCAGCUCUGUCCAGUUUGAAAAUUCAGUGAAGCGAUGAUUUUUCAUGUGUUUCUCAUCCCGGCUUUAGUGGAUGCUGCUGAAAAAGGCAUAUGCGCAGACAUCAUAAGGCCUUAGUGGCAGACUUCGACGGCAGCCUGGAGAGCUUCGAGUCCGAAGAACAGCGAUGGCAUCUCUGGGAGAAAGCAGAGACCCCGGUUGAAAAUAAUUCCUACCAAAUUGCCUUUGAGAUGGAUGGACAAUUGAUGUGUUGGCAGAGGGAGACAGAUGGUUGCAGACAAUUCUCUGGUGAUUGUGAAGUGAUGUACUGUGAGCCGAAGUACUGCGACUGUAUGAUUGUGCAAAUCAAGCGCUGUGGCGACCACAUGGAUCUCUUCACAGAAGCUGACUGGGACAAAGAUCCCACCGCAUCCGGCAAGUUGAGCACAGAGUACUGGCGUGGCAUCCGAGUGCAGUACUACGACCCCUCCAAGUGGGGUAGCAAUGCUACGGUGGAUGUUGGCAAAGCGCUUGAGACCACCCUGAGUUGUAUGGAUGAGAGGGGCUGCAGCUGCCACCAAAGUAGUUGGUUCCACUGGUCCUAUCCACAGUUCGCUGGCAACCUCGUUUGGUCACCCGCAGGCAACGUCACUGAGGAGACCAUUGGUCCCUCGGGGCACUCGGGGUCGCGGCUGCAGCAAAACGUUGUGGUCAGGGUCUACAACGAUGCGGGCCAGGCCAGCAACAUGUACUUCAUCCCCAAGGAUGUGCCGUUGAGUUCGAGGUCCACGACCACAACCACGGCCGAGUCCACGACUGCAACGACCACGACCAGCGUUGCGGAGGAAAGUACCACGGAGGAAGACGAUGAAGAGAUCGAAGAGGUCACAACUGAAACUACUGAGACAACUGAGACAACUACAAUCACAAUGACCACUACAACGACUACAACGUUUACCACGACAACAACUACCGUGACGAUGACUACCACCACAGUCACCACAACAACAACCACCACUGUGACCACCACCACUGUGACCACCACCACAACCACUGAAUACCUGGCACCCGAAUACGGUGACGCUGCCUUCCAAAAAGCCAAGGAGGCGGGGAUGUCCGAUGACCAAGCUGCAGAAAUCGCUGCGCGGGUGGCUGGCCGGGCAGUGCAGCGGGCCCGAGGCGAUGCAGAUACGUGGCCUCAGUUACGUGACUCGGCGCUUGCAGCCUCCAGAGCAGCCUACGCAGCUGGCCAGGCCGCUGGCAUGGACAACUUGGUGGCUGCGGAGACGGCGUGUCUCAGUGGCGGCGAGGUGGCGGCAGAGCUGAAAAUGGCCGGAUCUUUUGGAAAAACAAAGGUCACCAAGGCAGCUGGCUGGGUAGCGCGGCACGUUGCUGACUUUGUUUUCCGGCUAAAAGGGGAGCAAGUGGAAGCGCUGGGCCAAAGCGCCGAGGGGCAUGCGUCGGCGCGGUUUGCGGGUCUGGAAGCACAGAAGGAGGCACAGCAGAGCGGAAAGAGCUGGUGGAGUGUGGCCAUGGCUGCUGCUUCAGCGGCGGAGACAGAUGCCUUCACGGCCGGCAAGGGCCUGAAUUUCACCGCAGCGGAAGUGGGCGCCCAAGCUGCGGGCUUGGCUGCAAUGGAGGUGCUGCAAACGCUCAAGAGACCCAGGCACAAGAUCAUUAAGGUGGCCGGCCUCGUGGCGCGCAAGGCGGGCGCCCGGCACGGCAUGACCUCUGCCGAGGCCAAGUUUGCGCAGGCCUUGGUGGCGCAGAUCGCCACGGUGAUGACAGAUCCGGUCUUGGAAACGAUGUUCCCGAGCACCACAACCACCACAUCCACAACGUCUACAACGUCGACAACGUCCACGACCGCAUCCACCACACUGUUAGAUGAGGAAGAUCCAACCCUGGAGGAAUGA